AUGAAGCACUGGGUGGCAGAGACCAUUCAUGGUGACAAGGUCAAGGCUGGUAGCCUGGAGACGACUCUUGACGGGAAGCCCAUUACACUCGACGUCCAACAGCUUCGUAACCAGAUCCCCAAGCACUGUCUCAAGCCUUCCUUGGCUCGUUCUUUUGGUUAUGUUGUGCAUGACUUGACCAUAUUCUUCAUUAUACUGAUGCUCACACUCCAUCUUGAAGCGAGGCUUGCUCAUGAACAUCCUGUUUAUCGCAACAUGGUUUGCUAUAUUCUCUUCCCAAUCUUGGCUGGUCUUCCUCUUACCGGCCUAUGGGUACUCGGCCACGAGUGUGGACAUGGAGCCUUUUCGACAAAUAAGUUCAUUUCAGGCGUGGUCGGUUGGACCAUUCACUCUGCUCUCAUGAACCCUUACUUCUCCUGGCGGUCCAGUCAUGGGCGUCAUCAUCAGUAUGCAAACAACAUCUCGACAGACCUCAACUAUGUCCCACCUGUGCGCGAUGAGUAUGCUGAGCUGUUUCGGGGCAAAAUUGACUUGGAUCGCCUUGCCGAGGACGCCCCGGUAGUUGUGCUUCUGAGGAUUGUGAUGCAGCAGAUCAUCGGCUGGCCAUGGUACCUGCUUACACACAUAACAGCUGGGCCCAACUCGGCGCCCAAAAAGUCUCGGGGUUGGUGGGACAAUAGCCACUUCCUACCCAAUAGCUCCCUGUUUCGCUCCAAUGAGUUCUGGUACAUCGUCGCUUCUGAUGUGGGCAUCAUUCUCAUGUCGGGGGCCAUAUAUAGUCUGGCGCUGAACUAUGGACUAGAGACAGUCGUGUGGGCAUACUUUAUUCCUCUCGCAUGGGUGAACCACUGGAUCGUCAUGAUCACUUAUCUUCAUCAUACUUCGCCAAAUCUCCCCAAAUACACGCCGCAGGCCUGGACAUAUCUCCGCGGCGCACUCGCCACGGUUGAUCGGGACCCUGGAUGGCUACUGCGGCAUGCCUUUCACCAUAUCGUGGAUCUGCACGUGAUCCAUCAUCUUUUCCCGCGCAUACCACAUUAUCAUGCGCAGGAAGCGACGGAAGCUAUCAAGCCUCUACUCCAGGGCCACUAUCACGUUGACCAAAGCUCGUAUUUUGGUGCUCUCUGGACGGCAUUUACGCGGUGUCAAUGGGUUGAGGCGGAUGCCGAUCAGACGGCAAAGUCUCCAAUGUAUGCUGGACUAGAUGCGCAUGGCGACAAAGGCCUCCAGAACGUCACGUCUGUGGAUGAAAAGGGCGUGCUCUGGUAUCGCCCAGGACCUAUGCCUCCGCCUGCCGUGACGAUGCGAUGA